GAGGGGACACUCAGGGACCGGCGGGGACACUCAGGGACCGGCAGGAGCACGCGGGGACCCGCAGGACACGGUCAGGGACUUGGGGCUGUCCCCGUGUCCCCAGCCAUGUCCCUGUCCAGCCCCUCGGACGCAGAGCGCAGCCCCCGCCCCCCGCAGGGACCCCGGGACCCCCCGGAGCCCGACGGGGACAAAGUGUGUGCCGUGUGCGGGGACAGGGCCAGCGGGUACCACUUCCACGUCAUGAGCUGCGAGGGAUGCAAGGGCUUCUUCAGACGCUCCAUCAUCAAGGGGGUGCAGUUCAGCUGCCCCCUGGCCCGGCGCUGCCCCGUCACCAAGGCCAAGAGGAGGCAGUGCCAGGCCUGCCGCCUCCAGAAGUGCCUCGACGUGGGCAUGAGGAGGGACAUGAUCAUGUCGGAGGAGGCGCUGCAGCGGCGGCGGGAGCGGCGGCGACAGCGGGGACAGCCCGGGGGACAGCCCGGGGUCACGGCAGAGCAGCAGGAGCUCAUCGACCUCCUCAUCGCCGCCCACCAGCGAACCUUCGACUCCAACUUCUCCCAGUUUGCCCACUACUGGCCCGCCGUGCGCCUGUACAUCCAGCCCCCGGGCCGGGCGGGGCCGCAGGGGACUCCCCCGCCGCUCCCCACGGAGGACGUGCUGCCCGACGUGUUCUCCAUGCUGCCCCACUUCGCCGACCUGAGCACCUUCAUGAUCCAGCAGGUCAUCAACUUCGCCAAGGAGAUCCCCGUCUUCAGGAGUCUGCCCAUCGAGGCCCAAAUCUCGCUGCUGAAGGGGGCCACACUGGAGAUCUGCCAGAUCCGCUUCAACACCGUCUUCAACGCCACCACCAAGGCGUGGGAGUGCGGCCAGCACUGCUACACCAUCCGCGACGGCGCCCUGGCCGGGUUCCAGCAGGUCUACCUGGAGCCGCUGCUCAAGUUCCACGAGAGCCUGAGGCGGCUGCGCCUGCACGAGGCCGAGUACGCCCUGCUGCAGGCCAUGCUGCUCUUCUCCCCAGACCACGCCGACAUCGCCGAGCGCGACCGCAUCGACCAAUUCCAGGAGAAGGUGGCCCUGACCCUCAAGAGCUACAUCGACCACCGGCACCCCGAGGGCAGGUUCCUGUACGCGAAGCUGCUGCUGCUGCUGACGGAGCUGCAGACGCUGAAGGUGGAGAACACGCGGCAGAUCCUGCACAUCCAGGACCUGUCGGCCAUGACCCCCCUGCUGUCCGAGAUCAUCAGCUGACCCCCCCCCUCGAGGUCCCCAAGGGCCACCACGGGGCACAGAGUAAAGCUCCUUUAUUUAUGCA